GAUAGCUCUCUUCCGCCGUCAGGCGAAGUCGCUCCCUUUUCGUUUCUUUCUUUCGCCGCCGGAACCAGACGAUUAAGAGAACCAAGCAUAGAGCUGGUCGGAGUCGAUCUCAGUAGCCCUCUUGUCAGAAAUUCUUACAACCCUUUUCCCGCGCUCUUCAUUUUCCCCCCAUUUUGCCAGUCUGGUGUUUGGGUUUAAGCUUCAGGGAAAUGGAGAGAUGGCGAUUGCUUUCUGGGCGUUUCUUAUGAAAAUUCUCUGCCUCUUCCGUUGGUGCCCUCUCUUUCCCUUUGUGAUUAUUACUGCUGUUGUUGGAUUCGUGCUUAGGUUGUAUGUUUGGUUGCUUAGAAAUUGAGAGAAAGCUAGACGAGGUCAACCCAUUAGGUUUCUCUCCUCGGUUCCAGUAGUAGCAGAAUGCAGUUUAGCUUAGACACGCAUGCUUCAACUUAAACUCGUUAGUUGUACAACUCUAGGAUAGGAGGAGGUCAUUUAGCUUCGAUUUCCAUGAAUUCCUGACCUCUAUUGAUUUCCAGUAUUAUUUUCUGUCCAUUUUUGGUCGUUUCAUCUUGCAUUUCCUUUUUGUUUGGUGUAGGUCAAACGCCAAGGAAAGGCUCGUUGCUUAGCCGGGAACGCGAGCUCUGUGAGAAAUUAGUCAUUAUUAGAAGACUACCGGUUUCCUUAUCACUGUUUCUAGCUUUGUUAGACUGGUAAGGAAAUGAGUUUGUCUGUGGUUCUACUUGUCUAACAAGGCUGACUAUUUGUUAUGCUCAAAGGAGAUAGGUCCUUUCAUUCUGGUAGUUGCAUAAGGAUACUGACCAAUGAGUGCUUACUAUAUCUCCUUAAGCCAUUGAUUCUACACUGCAAGCUCCUAGAAGCAGCUUCAAGACGAUUGUUUGGUGUAGCUUGUGUUUCAAUAGUGGAAAGCAUUUUCAGUAAUUAUGCCAAAGACCAUUGAUUCUAUACUGGUUGAUAGUAUCACAGUCGAAGUUGAUAGCUGAUUUGAUCAACGUGCUAUUGCAGAGUUUUAUCACCAAAGAGUUCAGCCAGGAAGUUAACCAAUGACAAGCUAAAGGGCUAGUUCCCGGCUCUUCAACAGGUGCCAUAACCACUUACAUUGUUCUUAUUGCUUCUGUACCACUCAAUUCAAAGAAAUAGCACAGUAGACUGAUAGAGAAGAAUUGGGAUUGGGAAUUGAGAAAGAGAAUUAGGGAUUUGAAGUAGAAUUGGGGAAGAACAGAGAGAAGAGGGAUUUAGGGAUUUUGAUAUUAUUAUUGCUUAAUUCCAAAAUGAACGUACUAAGCUCUCUUUUAUGAGUUUCAGCAACCAACAAAAAUAACCUAACUGCUACUCAACCCGGGCCCACUCGGCCGGCCCCAACCCACCUACCCGCCUCGCGGGUUUCUAUCAUAGACUCGAGCAGUAAGUAAAGAAUAACAGUAUGCUAAUAGAUUGGUCCCAGAUAUGAGUCAAUUCAGUUUCCGCAGGCGAUUUUACUGUACCAGGAACUGCUGAAGCUAUGGAAUCCAGUUCUGGAGAUUCUUCGGCUGUGCCAUGGUCGGAGAAAGGAUGGGGCGAGAAGGUUUCUGAGAAGGUGAUCAUGAAAUACAAUUCUCUUCCUAAGAAAGGAAAGCCGCAGGGAACAGAAGUCACAGUCUUGGCCGCAUUUCUCAUUUCCCGGCCUUCUGGAGUGUUAGAAGUGGUGGCUUUAGGGACUGGGACAAAAUGCAUUGGGAGGUCGCGCUUGAGCAAUCGCGGUGACGUUGUGAAUGAUUCUCACGCCGAGAUUAUUGCUCGGAGAGCUUUGAUGAGGUUGCUCUACACAGAGAUUCAGAGGCUCACCGAACUUCCAAACCAGCAAGGAAUGGCAGAUGGAAGGACACGGUUGCUUGAAGACAGCGCUGAAAACCGGUUGUUUGAUGUGGAUGGGGAUGAUGGUAACCAUGUGAAGUACAAAUUGAGAGCUGGGUGGGACUUGCAUAUGUAUAUCUCGCAGUUGCCAUGUGGGGAUGCCUCUGGAAGUUCAUCAUUUCUUUCCACGCGAAAUGCCUUCGAAAAAAAGGAAAAUUUAGCGAAUGAUUGUACAGGUGAGCCAUCGAAGAAGAAGCCAAGGACAGAUAGUAUUCAAGGUUCAACUGCGGUGGAUGAUCUAAGAUAUUGCGGCGUGGUUCAAAGGAAGCCAGGUCGCGGCGAUACAACAUUUUCAGUUAGCUGCUCUGACAAGAUAGCUCGUUGGAAUGUUCUUGGAGUUCAAGGAGCUCUGCUUUCACACUUCAUUCCACCUGUUUACAUUUCCUCUGUUACUGUCGGGAACUCUCCUACUAUUGCUGAAAGUUUUUGUUUGGAAGAGCACUUGAAAAGAUCGUUGUAUGAACGGAUCUUGCCAUCGUCAAAGGAAGUGUCAAAUCCCUAUCGAGUACAUGAGCCAGUUUUCUCGGUGGCUCCUGUACCACCCAAGGAGUUCCAGCAUGCUGAUACUGCUCUUGCCACUUUGACCUGCGGGUAUUCCAUAUGUUGGAAUAACUCUGGUUUGCAUGAAGUUGUCCUUGGGACCACUGGUAGAAAGCAAGGUACCUCUGUGAAAGCUGCUCUUUCUCCGUCCAGUCAGUCAUUGCUAUGCAAAAAGCGACUGCUCGAUCUUUUUCUGAUGCUGAGGCCCGAGUUUGAGAAAACAGACCCUCUCCAUGAGACUUCUUACAGAGACCUCAAGAGCAGCGCAAGCGAGUACAGUACAGCUUCAAAAACAUUUAAAGGGAAGCAGCCUUUUGAUAACUGGCCGAUGAAACCAUUGGAUCUGGAGGCAUUCUUUCAGGCUGGUGGAGUGGAGACUUGCAGUUACUAGGAGAUUAUGCGUGUGUAUUGCAGACAAUUUUGGAUAGUUUUGUGAGAAACCUUUGGCAUGUGAAAUUCAAUGUAUAAUGUGUUUGGAUAAGUGUAUUUCAAACGCAUAUAUAUUUGAAAUGCACACAUAUUUGAAAUUAUAAAUUUGAAAUGCUUUU